CGGUGAGCUAAGAUAUCCGUGCCCUGAUAUCCGUUCUAUUUUCCCUCUUGUUUCUCUUGAUUGUCUCUCUUCCUUUGACUCCUGCUGGCCCUUCUAGAAUUCAUCCUUCUCCAGUGUCUUAGGGAUCAGAACAGCAAGGUUCAUUAGGCCCCCGCACCUUUUCGUCGUGUUCUCAUAAAACCUCCGUUUGUGUUGGUUUCCUUUCGCUGUUUUGGGUACUCACUGGUGAUUCCUUUCCCCCGAGCCGAUCGAAAGUCUGGCUGGAGUUGAAUUCCUCUUCUCUUAUACUCCGAGGGGCCCUCUACUCAUGGCUUCUAUCGAAUCACUUCUUAACCCCUUACCGGACUUGGACCGGUUUUGUGUGCCAAGUUCAGCAAUGUCGAACCCUUCUAGCGUGAUGACACCCCGGGCAUCAUCUCGUCAAAAAAGGGAGAAAGCGCCCAAGGAUGCUGCGAUCUUCAAGAAAGACAAGAUCAGGGGCGAGCUGCGAUACCCACCUUGCGAGCAGCGAAAUGAAGAGCUGACCCGAAUCCACCGCGAAUUCCAGCUCUAUCCGAUGGGCGAAAUCGCGUCGUAUCCGCGCCACAUCCCGUACAACAGCGACAAAAAGUCGUUUCAGGAGCGGACGGGACGCGAGAGCUUCGAAGUUCUGCAGUAUGAAUUUACCAUUCCUGGCGAAGACAAGAGAUGGAUGGUCAUGUGGGAUUACAAUAUCGGCCUAGUUCGAACAACCCACCUUUUCAAGUGCCAGGACUACUCCAAGACAACCCCGGCCAAAAUGUUGAACGCCAACCCUGGCCUUCGCGACAUCUGUCAUAGCAUCACAGGUGGUGCGCUUGCAGCACAAGGCUACUGGAUGCCUUUCGAAGCCGCCAAAGCAGUCGCAGCCACCUUUUGCUGGCGAAUCCGUCACGUCCUCACCCCCAUCUUCGGCCUCGACUUCAUAGACAUGUGCAUCCACCCGCAAGAUCGUGGGCGAUACGGCCGCAUGAUCAUCCACAAAUCCAUCGUGGACAAAUCCACCGAAAUGGCGAACUACUACCGCAGCCUUGAACUUCAGUCCCCCCCACAACAGCCGCUCCUCACCUCUCGUCGACCAGCAUGCCCCUCGAACCUAUUCGAGAAACAAAUCCUCCCGAAAUCCUUCGACUACCACCACCAUGCCCAUCAACUUCGUCAUGACUACGCCGACAGCUUGGUUAGCUAUGGCUCCUCCCCCGAAUAUAACUCUGGCACCAGCACUUCCGACGCAUACUGCAUGUCCCCCGUCAGCCCGUGUCGCAAUACCUUCACCCCCGUGAACACACCGCGCAGCAACGAAAUCGGGAUGGGGUACUCAGGGACCGCAUCCCCACGAGGACUCCUCUGCUCGCUCCAAAACAUGUCACGAAAAAGAGCCAACGACUCCAGCGACGGCGAGAGCGGCAGCGGCAGCUCCGACACAAUGAUGUCCUCAAGCACACAAUACUCCUCGACCACGACAAGCGCCAACACGCCCAGCGACUGUCUAUUAGAACUCGACGACGUCGACGUCAACGACGAGGACGACGAGGACGACGACGACGGCGACUACCGCGACAGUUCCGACGAUGAGCACCCAUCCCAGUCGCCCAGUAAACGACCCCGAGCCAGCCACAUCGAAACGCGAUCUCGACGAAACCCCCAGAAGCUGCUCCCCGGCGAGGUCAAGGCCGCGCAUGCCCUUCUCAGUCUGUACAUGCAGGACGCGACCGGCAGCGGCAGCGACGAAGAGGGAUUCAUGCGCUGGCAGCAGCAGAAUAGCGGGCGGAAGAGACGGAGAGCGUCGGCUUGA